AUGGCUCGUUCCGAUGAUAUAGAAACCGAUGUUCCAGGGACAGUGUACCUAGUUGAUGCAACGGGAGACUUGAGAGACGCAGCUCAUGCUGGGCAGCAAGAUAUUCUGUUAAUCCCUCAGCCCACAUCUUCCUCAGCUGACCCUCUGAAUUGGUCGCUAUAUAAGAAAUACUGGACCCUCUUCCUUAUCUCCGCUUAUGCGUGCGUGAACUCCUUUGGUGAGAAUAACUGGGGUGCAGCAUGGACAACAAUAUCGGAUGAUACUGGUGUGAGUCUGUCGAACAUGAACGGUGGCUCCGCCCUUAACUAUCUAAUGCUGGGCUUCUUCAACAUCAUCUGGAUUCCCACAGCAAUGAGAUAUGGACGCAAAAUUGUGUACAUUCUCAGUUUGCUGUUCGUUCUUGGUAGUGGUAUUUGGGGUGGCUUCUACCAGGGUGUUGCGCAGUACUACAUUAUGAUGACUAUCAAUGGCAUUGGAACUGCGGCCUAUCAGGCAUUGAUCCAGCUCACGAUCUUCGAUGUCUUCUUUACUCAUGAACGCGGCCGAAUGCUGUCCAUCUACAUCUUCUUUCAGCAGCUUGGUUCCAUUCUUGGUUUGAUCUGCGGUGGUUACAUCUCUGAUGGAGUUGGCUGGAGAUGGAGCAUGCCUAUCGUGUCAAUUGCUUGUGCUGUCUUGAUACUUCUAUUCAUUUUCACAUUUGAUGACACGAUGUUUCCGAGGUAUCGCUUUUCGGGCCAAAUACCUUCUCGAACCAACAAAGUCGAGGACGAGGCUGCCCGUGCUAUGUCUGAUACGCCAACUGCGAACGAAAAAGAUGCUAAGUUUGAAUCUCCUAUCACGGUCGUCGCUAGCCACACUGUUGGGGAAAUCGACAUGCCCCCGCGGACAUAUCUUCAGAAAAUGUCUCCAGUUCACUACUUCAAAGACGAUCAUACAACCUGGUACCAGUACUUUCGACGCCCAUUUUUUCUUUUUGCCUUCCCGAAUAUUCUCCUAGCUGGUAUUCAAUUCGCAUUUGGCUGCACCGCCGGCAUUGUCUCGUUCAAUACGAUCUCCGAGAUCAUGACGGAGGCACCUUACAACUGGAGCGCAGGCUCCGCCGGCUUGAUUUUCUUAGCAGCACUUGUUGGUAACUUUAUCGGGAUGGGAAUUGGAUCACUGUCGGACUGGCUCGUUGUCUUCCUAGCGCGUCGCAACAAGGGUUAUAAGGAGCCCGAAAUGCGUUUAUGGUCAUAUUCCAUCUCGAUCGUCCUCGCUGCGGUCGGCUACUUUGUCUACGGCUGGGGUGCCACCAAAGGCCUCCAAUGGAUGUCCAUUGCAGUUGGCCUCUGUUGCAUGAUUGCUCAACAGGUCUCCGCCACCAGUAUCGCCACCGCAUAUGCAAUGGAAUGCUUUGAACAGAUUUCAGGUGAACUGGUGAUCGUACUGGCAUGCUGUUCAUCUAUAAUCAACUUUGUGAUCUCCUUCACUGUCCAGGAUUUCAUCGAUGGUACCAACUACGGCUGGACCUUUACAUUCUAUGGCAUUAUGGUUGUUCUUUCCAUGGCUAUGGGAGCUCCGAUGAUUAUCUGGGGUAAGGAUUGGCGGCGGAGGUGUAAGCCGCGAUACGAGAAGUUUUUGGCUGAGACAGGCCGUCAGUAA